GUCUGGGUCGAGGUUGAAUCCACAAAGUUCACAAGUACAUAGAGGAGCAUUCCAAAACGAGAUGCUGAACUUCAAGCUCAGUGAAGUUAUCAGGAGUGAGGCCAUCCAGUGUUGUAUGCUCAGUUAUAGACUAAGCAGUGUGACAUUUAGAAACACGUUAUUUAUACUAUUUGUUAUUCAUGCACUGCUGAAUCUUCUGUCCGACUCCAAAGACUCUGCGUUAUGGAAGGUACUCAACAGAUGUUCAUGUGUGGUGGCUUUAGGUUCUGCUUAAAACUAAGGUGAUGAGCUUUGCAGUAAGCCAGGACCUUAAAAGUAGAAAUUUACUUUCUUUAUAGCCCAUUUUGCUAGAAUCCCAUCUUAAAAAGCACUGUUACUGAUCUGUGUGCUUUGCUCGCGUCCUCCAAUACUGGGACACUGGAGAGAGGGAGGACACAAUGAUCAGUUUGCGGGCCAUGGAGGAGACGAGGUGGUAGUUCAGGAAAGGGGGAUACAUUUUUUGAGUAUUGGGACACACCCACUGUGUUAAACUUUUUGCAUACCUAGAAGGAGUUCAGCUUCCUUACAAUAUUUUCUUCCCUUUUUUUGGAGAUGGCAGCAGUUUGUCACCAAUGAACACUUGUAUGUUUUGAAACACUCAAUGCCUUUGGCCUUUGACAGUUUGAGUGAGGGCAAUGUGUUGCCUUCCAAAAUCUAUACAAGUCUUUUGUUUUUGACACAUUUAGUUAGAAGAAACAUUUUCACACCACGUUACAAAAUCACCCACCGUUGGCCUGUGACCUGAAUACUGCUCCUGUAGGAGACUCACCAUAAUUUUGUAAUCUGCAAACAGUAGAACGUGUCUAUUUAGAUUAUGGCUUUGGUAUAAUGUAUGCAAUAUACUAUUUUGAUCAAGGGAUUAUAUCCAGCUCAGUUACAUUGCACAAGUAAAUAUCCAGAGAAGCCCUGAGAGCCAGAACCUUUUUGACCUCCGUCUGCUGGAAUACCCAUCUAACACUGCAGCUCGUCUAUUUUAACUGGGAUUAGGCAGAAACAUUUGCUCUUAUCUUGUUUGCUCUUUAAAAUAAUCUGUAUUAUCUGCACCAGAGAAGCCUCUAAGUAGGUGGAUUGACUUCGAACUAGAGUAUGUGUUAUUACUGCUCUGCUAAUAGAACGGCCUGCCUGAAAAUAAUUAAGAGAGAAAAUAUUGUAUUAUUUGAUUUAUUUUUUGCUGCUCUGCUUUAUAGUUUGUCCGGGGGAGGAGUUCGCCAUUUUGAAUGAGUUUUCAUACAUAAACGAUUAGACCACACGUUUUAUUUACUCAAUAAAUAAGUUGAUUUACUAAGAACAUAUCCACGUGCACUUUAACUAACGACGACGCUACGCUUAGCGGAAGAUAGACAUUGGAGUAGCUAACCUGUAGCUACCUUACUGUCCUGAAAUAGGAUUAUUACCAUAUUAAGACAAUAACCAUUAUUCGGUCUAAUAAUGUUUUGUUAAAACUAGACAGACAGCAUUCGAACAUUCUACUAAGGUAAACUGAAUACCGUAGUUAAACGAAUGUAUGUGUUUUUUGUUUUGUUUUGACUGCAAAAUUACUUCAUUGCUAAUGAUAGACCUUUAUACAGUCAUGUGGUAGACUAACGCUACCAUGGAAACGUAAUUUCUUGAAGUUGGACACGAUACAUUUGCCUCACCGUGUCCGAUUGAUUUGGAUUGGCCCAAUAUUAAUAGUCUGUAGUUAACUUGUGAGAAAUUAAAGAAAAAAUUAAAAUGACAAGGGGUAGCCUAGUUUUCAAUAAAAGGGUUUGUUAUUCAUUAAUAACAAAGUUAUGCUAAGUUAAGUUAGCUAAGUUAUGGGCUAAGUGAAAUAUUUUAAGUUAUAAAUACCACCUACAAAUAACUAUGUCUGCUCUCAAGCCAAGCAGUUCCAUUGGGAAAUUCUGUUGUGUGUGGAAACGCUGGUUCAAUCCUAACGUUAAAGAACACCAUGGUUAGGCUAUGGGGACAUAUGAGAUACAUCUUCAGCUGUCAUUCGUGAAAUGAAGAAAUGUAGGUUUGCUAAAAUGUUAGAUCGUAUUUGACUGCGCUUAUUAAAUAAAGAAUAGACUGAGUGCCUAUAAGGACUUUAUUUCAAGCAAAGGUAUGCGGCUGGGAGCUAUAGCGCUGAAAACACUGACAUGGGUUUUAAAGUUGGCGCUCUUGCCCGAUAUCACUGGACUUCAAUGUGCUGUAUCUGCAACCUCAGUGAGAUAUAAACUACGAGGACACGUUCUACGUGCGUGUCAAAACAAAAUUACGCAGUUGUUUAUUACCAACAUGGAAUUAACACUCGUAUCUCAGUUACAAGGGAAGAUGUCCAGCUGUUGAGAACUUUCAACUACUGCUCAUUUGUGCAGAUAAAGGAAGAGAUUCGGACCGAGUAGGAAUCAAGAUUCACAGACCUGAACAGAAGUCUGAGUUGAGAUGGGAGCUGGCGCAGGGGACCAGUCAGGGGCGCACCCACCUGACGGAGGCUGGGGGUGGGUUGUGCUGCUGAGCUGUUUCAUGGUCGCCGGGUUUUCUUACGCCUUCCCCAAAGCAAUCAGCGUUUACUCCAAGGAGCUGAUGCGAGACUUUGGGGUUGGCAACAGCGACACUGCCCGGAUCUCGUCCAUCAUGCUGGCAAUGAUCUACGGCUCAGGUCCCGUGUCCAGCAUCAUGGUGAAUAAAUUUGGGUGUCGGCCAGUGAUGCUGAUCGGGGGCGUACUGGCAGCAGGUGGCAUGGUAGCAGCUUCCUUCACCACCAAUAUUAUACAACUUUACGUCACUGCCAGUGUUAUCACAGGUCUGGGCCUAGCCUUGAACUUCCAGCCCUCCCUCAUCAUGCUUGGGCACUACUUUGAUCGACGGCGCCCGCUGGCCAAUGGCCUGGCAGCGGCGGGAAGCCCGGUCUUCCUGUCGGUCCUUUCCCCUCUGGGACAGGUGCUCGUGGACCAUUAUGGAUGGAGGGGAGCGUUUCUCAUAAUAGGGGGACUUCUGCUGAACUGCUGCACCUGUGGGGCCGUCAUGAGGCCCCUGGAAAGGAGGCGGAGGGGAGACCAGGGGGCGGGAGGAGAGCCCAACACCCAGCAGUCGAGGGAAACACAACCUUCCAAACUGAGCGACAGGGAGACCAAGAAGCAAAGGGAGCAGCCGCAGAAGAAAAAGCUGCUGGAUUUCAGCGUCCUGCGCGACAAGGGGCUCGUGAUCUACAUCAUCGCCAAGUUCAUUGUGGUCUUGGGCCUGUUCGUUCCCACCAUCCUGCUGGUCAACUACGCCAAGGACUUGGGAGUGCCGGACCGCGACGCCGCCUUCCUGCUCUCCGUCAUCGGCUUCGUCGACAUCUUCGCCCGGCCCACGUGCGGCAUCGUGGCGGGGCUGCGGUGGGUGCGGCCCAGGAACGCCUUCUUCUUCAGCCUGGCUCUGGUGUUCAACGGGCUGACGAACGUGUGCUCGGCGUGGUGCACGGACUACCGGGGCCUGGUGGUCUACUGCGUGUUCUUCGGGCUCUCCUACGGCAUGGUGGGCGCCCUGCAGUUUGAGGUGCUGAUGGGCAUCGUCGGGCCAGACAGCUUCUCCAGUGCCUUGGGCCUGGUGCUGCUCAUCGAGUCCGUGGCAGUGCUCAUCGGAGCCCCCUUAGCCGGUCGCUUAGUAGAUGCAUACAAGAAUUAUGAGCUAGUUUUCUACUUGGUUGGAGGACAGUUAAUUGCUGCAGGCGUUUUCCUGUCUGUAGCAUCUUACUGCUGUCUUUGGCGGACCAAAGCAAAGGACACAGCGACUGUAGGAGACAAAGACGCUGAGGCAGACCCACCACUGACCGAUGGCAACUGCAACAUCGACUGGGCCAAACAUGAGGAAAACCACUGCCACGCUGUGACAUGGAAGGAGGGGGGGAUGGAGUAGAAUGAGAAGGAAAGUGGGGAGAAAGUGGUGAGAGAGAACUUGGGGUUCAUUGUUUAUUUUACACAAACACGCACACUCAACACUCACAAAUGCUCACAUGCACGCACACACACACAACCAUAUAAUAAUCUUUAAAUCAUUUGUCAUUAUUUUCAUUUUUGGUCUUAUUUAUAGAGCAGUUCUCAUUGCACAUGUAUUCUGGUAUAAGACACUGAGACCCCAAAGACAGAAUCCUCUCUGGUGAAACGGAAUGUAUUUCAGUACGCAUUUGCACAUGCUCUAAGACCUAUAUUGUACUGUAUUAUGGAAUAUUUGCAACAGGCAUAAAUGUUUUGUAGAAUUACACCAAAUAAAAAAUUUUGUACACUAUCACCUCCCUGGUGGUCUAGUGGUUAGGAUUCGGCGCUCUCACCGCCGCGGCCCGGGUUCGAUUCCCGGUCAGGGAAUGUAUGUUUUGGAUUUCUUACCAUGUUAGAGAGCAUCACUUUGCACGUUGAGGCACAAAAUAGCGACCAUCAGUAAACAAGAUAUGCUUCAAACAACGACCCAGGAACUGUCUGCGUCUUGUGACAACAUGUGAGAAGUACUUCAUGCUUUACAGUAAUUCGUGAGUUGACCUUUCAGUUACUUUUUCCCACUGACUUGCAACUGAAAGCUUACCAGUGAUGAUAACCUUUGGGUACGAAGACGUCCGCCCACUUCAAUAUAUAAUAAUAAGUAAAUGCGCCACGUUAGUUAGUUUUGGCAACUUCAAUAUAUGCAGCAGCUUUUGCGCUACAUAUAGUGACGCCAAUGUCCGUAGGAGGAGGAUGAUGCCAAAUGAGCUAGCACGUCAUUUCUGCCUACGUUCCCGCGGUUUGCUUUUAUUAGGUUUAUUUUCGAUUGGCAAAAACAUAUGAAUAUUUUCUAUUGGCCAUUGUCGAUGCGCCGUAUUUAGAAUCACUGAGUGGAAGCAAAACGAAGUCAAUCCAGAUACAUCUAACUCCAUUGGCUGAACAGCGCGUUACAUGUACGCCCCACAUUUCAGGACGUGUUUCGUAAAAGCGCUGUAGUGACGUUGUGGACGCAAGAGAAAGGCCUUUCCAGUAAAAAGAAACCGAUAUAAUCUAAUACGUAGGGAACUGGUUACGUUUAUAACUCCCAGGAUAUCUCUUUCUACUUCACAGCUUUCAUUUACCCAUACCUAGCUGAGUGUAUUUUAUUCGGCGUCAGUCGUUUUCAUCCUGUUUAGCUGCUAGCUAUCUUCAAAAUGCCGAGAGGCGGUAAG